GUUCAAUUUGACACCCAGCAUGUCAUGGUUCUGAUAUAAGUCAGCAUCUCAAGUGGGUUUUAGAGUGAAAACCGAGCAUUGCCGAAGGACGAAUGACGUCACUAUUAAAAAAGAGGAAGACAGUAGGUCCGAGAAAUGGCGACUCCGUGAUCAGUCUCGUUGGGGGGUGAUUGGGGGUUGGACUCGCUUAGUUCUAUGACUUUCUGGACACAUGAGUUACCCACCCUAAAAUAUUUAUUUGUGAAAAGUUUGGUGUAUUCUUAAUUGGAGCAGAAAUGUCGGCAAAUAUGUAUCGAGUUGGAGGUAAGUAAAUUUUCCCGAUCGUGUUGAUUGAAAGAGGAAAGAGGCAUGCAUGCCUCACAAACCAAGCUGAACGGCGUCGUAAUACUAAAAUAAAACUUUUUGCUCGUGUUAGGGCGUUUGCCGAUGCUGUAAGUUAUCAAAGUAAUAUUUUUCGAUAAAAAUAGCUGAUUCAAUGAUUAGAAAUUUAAAUUAUUAUUAUAAAAGUACUUAAUUCGCAUUUGUUCUGUAUCUAAAUACAUUUAAUGCGUAGACUUACAUUUUACAGGAGUGAUACGGUUACUGAUCGCUUCGAUUUUUAUAUGUUUAAUAUCUCAAAAACUCUCUGUGAAACAAUGCAAUUUUAUUUGUUUUUUCGUUUACGGAGAUGGUGAAAUACAUUUCAAAGUAUGUUUUAGAAGUAAAUUGUUAUUGGUUUUGAUACAGUGUUGGAACGUGCGUAACAGGGACUAUUUUAUGAAUACAACAAUGUCGACCCGAGACUGAAGGGGGGAAAUGAGGGUGGAGGGGGAAGUAGAUUUAUUUGGCAUCCAACGGUUUCUAAAAUUUAAAAAAAAAAAAAGAAUAAAACGACCGAAAAAUAUUGUACUUUUGAAAGCUUUUUAAAUUUUAAAGCCAUUAUUUUUUGUUUAUCCUUUAUAUUUAGACUAUACAACCAAAACAAUUUAGGGCUAUCGUUUAUAGUAUAGUUUAUAGUAUAGGCCCUAGUCUAGGGCCAGGGCUAUUUUUUUGUAAACAGUUUUUAAAUUUCUUAUCAUGUUUAUAACAUAUAAAUGAUAUACUAUUAGGAAAUGGUAAUAUGCAUCCCACCUCUUGUUUAAAAUAACUAGUCAACUUAAUUUCUUUAGUUCUUAAAGCUGCAUUUUAUUUAUCCAAUUAAUGAAGUAAAAAGUCUAUUGCUAAUCAUAAGUAUUUAUAAGUUUAAAAAGACAAUGUCAAUAUACAAACAAAAAAGUGUUGUUAAGUUUAAGCAGCCAAAGCAGAGCCUACAACUAACAUAAUAAAUAAUUGCUAAAAAGCCAUGGCCUAAUCUCAAACUCAUAAUAAUUUUUCCACCUAUAUAAAAUAUCAACUUUUGCUUAUACUUAUACUCUUAAACUGAUAAGUAAUUAAAUGCUUUGACCGACUUUAACAUUUUAAACAUUUGAAUAAUUUUUUUUUAGUUUAAUACCUUCUGCUGUCAUUGUAUCUUUAGAAUUAGUAUGGGUUAAAAACUGCCUGAUAAAUAGUGAGCAUCUGAGGCCUGAUGAUGAGUCUACCAUUAACAUUCUUCAAAAACACUAAAAAAUACAUCAGUAUCCUCAAUAUUAUAUGAUUGAUAGAUGUUGUAGACUAAUUUAGGCAACACUUCCAAUGAUAUCACAUUGCUCUAAGCACCUAAAUAAUAAUUAAAACCAUUAUUAAUGCAUCAGAUCAGGCUGUCUUUUAAUUUGUUGAGAAGUUCUGUAAGUUGUUUCAGGAUAUUUUAUUAGGCCUAUUGAUUUGUUUAUUGAGUCUUUAGUUUCCGAGUGCACUAUUUCAGUUGACAUGGUCAUCUAUCAUAUAUCUUAAUCAGAGGCAAUUUGGGAGUCAACUCCCUCCUUUCGUUUUGUUAAUAAAGAUUUAUCAAAGAGUCGAUAUCAGAAGUAAACUCUACUAAUUAACAAGGCAUAUUUUUGAAAUCUUACUAACUUACUAAAAAAGAAUUAUGUAAUAUUCUAUAUCCAUUUUAUAGUUGCCUCGGAUUCUUUUUUCAUGAUUUAGAAAUAAUGGAAAUGUUUAUUUUAAAAAGAUUUUUUUUUAAAUUUUGAAAGAAGAUUUUUAAGGAUUCUCCAAGCUACAAAAUGGAAAUUGUUGAGUAUAUAUUGUCUCAUUUAUUUAUAUGGAUUUUAUUUUGUAAACAAGUCUUGGGCAAGUCUUCAGAUUAAGAGACCAUGAUAGUUUGUCUGUUAGUGGUUGCGCAGAUGGCCGAUCAGGCUAGCUUUGGUGAAGGAGAAUAGAUGGGGCAAAUCCAAGUCAACUCAGUUAACUCGGGCUUUUCUGGUUGGUCUUUUAUGUUUUGCAGCAGUUUUGUGAGCCUCAUGUUGCAUUGAGCCCUUGUGUAUAGAAGAGCGCCACUAGUCUCGAUUCUUUGAGUCUGUUCCCACAUAUCCGGGUCAAUGUGAAAUGUUUUCAGUGUGUCUUUAAAGCAUUUCUUCUGUCCCCCAUCAAAUAGCCUGCCCUUCUUGAGUUAAUUAUAAUAUAUUCAUUUGGGCAAGCAGCGAUCUGACAUUCUUGCAACAUGGCCCGACUGCAUUUAUGUGUGUGUGCUGGGGAGACUGGCUUUUGCGAUUACCUAUGUUGCAUUGAGCCCUUGUGUAUAGAAGAGCGCCACUAGUCUCGAUUCUUUGAGUCUGUUCCCACAUAUCCGGGUCAAUGUGAAAUGUUUUCAGUGUGUCUUUAAAGCAUUUCUUCUGUCCCCCAUCAAAUAGCCUGCCCUUCUUGAGUUAAUUAUAAUAUAUUCAUUUGGGCAAGCAGCGGUCUGACAUUCUUGCAACAUGGCCCGACUGCAUUUAUGUGUGUGUGCUGGGGAGACUGGCUUUUGCGAUUACCUAUGUGUCCAGGAAAUUGUCCUGCCAUUUGAAUUUAUUAGAGGCUUUUGAUGUGAAAGUAGUUGAGUUUCCUUUCAUGAUGUUAGACUGUCAAUGUUUCACAUGCAUAUAGUAGCGUUGGGAGCCCAGCUGCCUUGUAGACCUUUAAAUUUGGUUUGGGUGCUGAUACCUCUUCUUGUCCAUAAAUUCUUAGACAUUUUCCUGCAUUUUGAGCAAGCUCUUGCAAUUAGAAGGUUCAUCUCAUCAAUGGUUACGCUUUGGGACAGUGUGCUAUUGAGGUAAGAGAAGCUGUUUACAACUUUAAGCCUUUCGCCAUAGACAUGGGUGUUGGGUUUGAUGUAAGAUUUUCAUGGAGCUGGUUGGUACAGGACCUCAGUCCUCUUUGUGUGGUUUGUGCAGGCAUUCGAGUAGUUUGCAACAUUGCGUUGCAUAUAUGCCUCUGAUUCAGCAUUAAGAGCACAUUCAUCAGCAUAAAUAAAGUCCCUGAUGAUGUCUGUCUGGACUUUGAAUUUAGUCUCCUGAGGUUAAAACUUUAACUUCAGUUCUGUAUCUGAUUCUGAUUCAAAUGUCUCCCUUGCUGAAAACAGACAGCAUGGCAGAAAAACAUGAUAAAAGUGUUGUUGCCAGGAUACAACUUUGUUUGACUCCAUUAGACACACAGAAUGGUUCAGACAUCUGUCCAUUUUCCCAGAACCUAGCCUGCAUACUGUCGUGGAAUUGCCGCACCAUUAAAAUUUUUCAUUUUUAUUUUACUUUAGCAGUUUAAAUAGUUUACACAUUUUUAAUAAUUGUAAAGCGCUUAGAGCUGUAAGGUAAGCGCUAUACGAAAAUGCCUAAAUAAUAAUAAUUAAAAUGAACUUUUUGGGGCAUCCCUAUUUGCUCAUCUUCCAGAGACCUUUUCUGCUGACAGUGUUGAAAGCCUUGGUUAGGUCUACAUAGGUGGAGAAGAGAACAACCUUUUGUUCCUGACACAUUUCCUGCAGCUGUCUUGCUGCGAACACCAUGUCGAUAGUUCCAUGCUCUUUGAAAAAACUGCAUUGACUUUCUGGCAGUAGACCCAUCUCAGGAUGCAAAUUGAAAUGCUUUAGGAGCAUUCUAGCUAGUAUCUUGCCUGCAAUGGAGAGCAAAUAUAUGCCACUGUAGUUGUCUCAAAAGAGGCCAUAAAAAUACAUUCAUCAUACAAUUUUUUUGAAGAUUAGCUCCAACAUUAUUUGUUUACCUUUGUGUGGUACCAUGGGUCCAUGUGACACCCCCCCCCCCCCAACGGUUUUUGACCUAUAAUUUAUUGACCUUUCAAGAUUAAUGACCUCCCUUUUANGCUUUAGGAGCAUUCUAGCUAGUAUCUUGCCUGCAAUGGAGAGCAAAUAUAUGCCACUGUAGUUGUCUCAAAAGAGGCCAUAAAAAUACAUUUCUCAUACAAUUUUUUUGAAGAUUAGCUCCAACAUUAUUUGUUUACCUUUGUGUGGUACCAUGGGUCCAUGUGACCCCCCCCCCCCCCCAACAGUAUUUGACCUAUAAUUUAUUGAACUUUCAAGAUUAAUGACCUCUCUUUUAAUAUAUUUUCUUUUAAGGCCUUUCUAACAAUGUAGCUCACAUUUGCUACUUUACAUGUUUGUUUAUUCUUAUUUAAUUCUGUUUGGGGUCAAAUGGCCCCAGAGAGCCUUCGAUGUAACACAUAUUUUUGUCGUAAUUCUGUGACAUGCACAUCUUCACAACAUGGUGAGACUACAGGGAUUGACACUAUUUGAGUUUUAGAUGUUUUAAGUGACACUGAAAGGGAAGGUCAGGACAAUAUUCAAGAUGAUUUGAGCAUGAUGAACGUGAACCCGAACGGGAGGAAGAGUCAGACAAGGGUCAAAAGCUCUUUGAAGAAAACUGCCCUUGUUUUGAUCCUUGCACAUGCAUGUCAGAGGUUGGAAGUGCAGCAAACACAGCUCACUUUCAGAUAAGCUAAAUAAAGGGCCAAAUAUAAAAAGUACUAAAGUGUAUAUUUGCAGUUUGGAGAAAAAUGUGUUUUAACGUUUUUAAAUUCUUAUUUAAAUACCUUAAAAGCUGCUCGAGGUGUCUCUGAAUCAAACCCUUAAGUGCAUUUUUCAUGAAUGAUAUUUACAGGCAUGAUUCAGGGGAAGUAAUCAAAUUUAAUGCCUGUCUUAAAUCAUUUUUGAAAAAUUGUAAAUUAAGUUCUUUUUCUACUCGGCCCUUCAAAUACAUUUGUGGCAUUUUACCAGUUGCAUCCUCAGAGCUAUCCGUUAAGGACAGCACAAGAGAUGUUAAAUUUGUCAUAUAUCUGAGGACAAGAAAACUAAUUCCAUCUGUAAAGAGUGCAAUGAGUUUGUAUAUGAAGAGUGCGGCAAAUGGCUGUGCCAACAACACCAGCAGCAACAGCUACGCUCACAGUGGUGUAAAAAUAAAAAACCUCGCAAAUGAAGUGUUGCGCAAUAUUUUCUGAGUAAUAGUGACACCUAUUUUUUCCCUUACCAACUCCCCAGCAGGUGGUUUGUUUGGAGAAUAAAUUAAUAAAGAGCAACAUUAUUAUCUACUUUUUUGUAUCUUUAACUGUAAACCCACAACCAUUUCAGACUAUGUGUUUUUUGAAACCUCGUCUACGGCACCAUAUCAAAUUCGACGCAUUGAGGAGUUAAACAAGGUCAGUUCCUAUAGUUAGUGGCUCAAAAUUAAAAAAAAUGACCCAUAGAAGUUUAAUAAGUGAUCAUGAUAAAAACAUAAUGUGAAAUAACCAUGUUAAUGAGUCGGCACUUACAUCUAUCAGUGUAUUUGACAUAUUUUCUAUUGUUCAUUUCAGACUCAAAAUGGAAACGUUGAAGCCAAAGUUAUGUGCUUUUACAGGAGGAGGGAUAUUUCCAAUUCCCUUAUUCUCUUGGCAGACAAACAUCAUAGUGAGUAAUUUUUAUGUGAGAUGUUUCUUUGUUUUGUUGAUUCAACCCAAAAACUUAGUGUCAAAAUUAUGUGGCAUAAACUAACACAGCCACUAAAAAAGAAACAGAAAAUUAUUUGUUAAUUUUAAGCUACUCAAAUAUUAAAGCUGGUCAAAAUAUUCAAAAGAAUGAAAUAGUGAAACGAGGUAUGUGGAAGCUUGAAAAAAGGUAACAGGACAAAAAACAAGGACGUUUCGGCAUAAAGCCUUCAUCAGCCAACAAUAGAAAUGAAAAUACAACAAAGAAAAGAACACAGUAGAAAACUCAAGCAGUAUUCAUUCGUCUCUCCGGAAGUGGGAAAACAGGAAGCGAGAGAAAAUAAAUAUAGACACCGUGAAAAAUAAAGUCCACAAUAAUAAUGGGCCAGAAUAUCAAGGGAUACAUCAACAAACAGCAAUAAGAAAAUAGAUGAAAUAUAGGGAGACGGAGAAACAUCAGUAGGAUAUUAUUUGAUUAUCAAAUAAUAUCCUACUGAUGUUUCUCCGUCUCCCUAUAUUUCAUCUAUUUUCUUAUUGCUGUUUGUUGAUGUAUCCCUUGAUAUUCUGGCCCAUUAUUAUUGUGGACUUUAUUUUUCACGGUGUCUAUAUUUAUUUUCUCUCGCUUCCUGUUUUCCCACUUCCGGAGAGACGAAUGAAUACUGCUUGAGUUUUCUACUGUGUUCUUUUCUUUGUUGUAUUUUCAUUUCUAUUGUUGGCUGAUGAAGGCUUUAUGCCGAAACGUCCUUGUUUUUUGUCCUGUUACCUUUUUUCAAGCUUCCACAUACCUCGUUUCACUAUUUCAUUCUUUUACAUAGCUUGAAAGCAGUCCCUUCAUUUAUUCAAAAUAUUCACAACCUUAUCAUCAAUCUACACACGUGGUGAAUGAACCACUAAUACGUAUGUCGUCGGCAGGCCAUAGUGAGCAUAAGGUGGUUGAUGGCUUGAAAGAGAACUCUUGCUAACUACAUGAGACCAGGAAUAACAUGCCAGUUGGUGGCCACAGUGGUGACAAAGGAAAUUUGUAUUUAAAAUCCCAAUUUCAUGAUCACCAUAGUAAUUUGACUUAGUUUCUUUCAACCACUGAAUUUAUAACAUAAAAUUAGUUUCUUUUAACCACUGAAUUUAUAACAUAAAAAUAUAUAUAUAUCAGAAAUCUCACUACGUUCAUGGCUGUGUGAAAAAGCUUUUUCAACCGUGGUAUUUAUUCAGAUCAAACCUCUCAAAUUGAUGUAUAUUUAUAGGCAGAGAUAGUCAUUUAUUUAACUCUCCAAUCAAGCCUACAUUUUCAGACCACACUCAGCAAAAACCAAUGAAGGAUUUUACAUAAUUUUUUGUUAAAAUUAUAUGCAACUGUUUUACCUAUUGUAAUUUUUUUUUUAAAGCAUAUUUUCUAAUUCGCCAAAACUAGUCUAUUUUGUACAUAGGUUCCCUACCCCUGCUUUGUGGGAUCAGUUGUUUUUUUUUCCAGAUAAAUUUAAAAGAAAUAAUAAUGGCAUUUUCCAAAUUGCUGGCAUUUAACUGUUUAAUCUUAAUAUAUCUUAAUAUAAAAGUGCCUUUAUUGCUUCAUGACUUUUUGGGGUUUGGGGAAGGUGUGAUAUAUUUAUAUAAAAAAAAUCAGCCCCGUAGCAUUUAUUUUCAUUUGGAAAUCACUGUCCUUAUUUAAGAUAAGCAGGUAAAGUAUGAGUAGAUAACAUGAUAAAUGGUCAAAUAAUAUCAACAAAAAAAUUUUUUUUUUUUUUACAUUUUCUUUCUUCUUGUUGAGUGGACAUUGAAACAGGAACAAGUUGCAGGCCAUUAACUUUGAAUUUAACAUUUUUUAAAGAUUUAAUUUAAAAAAAUUGAAAUUUCCACUUAUCAGUUCCAAUCAAUAUAAUUGGGUAUAUUUUGAACUUUGACACUAGAAUAACUUUUGGUGCAAAGCCAGGAAGUUGAGCUUUACAUCACCCAUGAAUGCCAUGGAGGAGAAGUCCCUAUUAGGCCUCUUUUAAAACUGCUGAACUGAUCUUGUUUACAAUCAAUUAAAAUUUAGGGAGUUAAAAUAAAUAAUAAAUAUAUCUAAGUGUAUUAACAGUAUUGAUGAUAUUGGAAACUUUGAAAUUAUUUCUAAUGCUCAAAUUAUCUAGAUUAGGUGUUUGAAGUAUUUGAAUUUUUCAUAUUAGGGAUGUUACGGAUAAGCAAAUUUAAAAAAUUAUAUUAUAAAUAUUAAUAUGUUAAAUAUUAAAUAUAAUUUUUCAUGUGAUAAAUAUUAAAUAUGUUAAAUAUUACACAUGUUGUAUGCUGUUUAGGGGAAGCAAUUUAAAAUUGAAUUUACAUUGUGAGUUUUUUGUAUGAGUUAUAACCAUCUCAACAAACUUAAAUACUGUAUCUAUCGGCGUAUAACACACACUUUUUCUCCCUGAAAAUAGCGGGCAAAUGAUGUGUGCGUGUUAUACGCCAAUAUAAUGUUAAUGACCCAUAGUACAUACCGCAUAGCGGCGCGAAUGGUACGUGUUAUAUGCCAAUAAAUAUGGUAUUUGUCCCCCUAAAUACAGAGUUCUUGAUUGCUAUUUUCAGUAGCCAAGGUAAUGGAACUGGUGUUGGAGUCUCUGGGAUUGGCACUUGUUGAUUAAAAGGUUGCCACUUAACCCAUCACCAUGUACACCACUUAUGACAAUUACAGUUUAAAAAAGGAUGUAAAAUUAGUAAAACUAAAGCACAUAUCUAAAACAAACACAUCCAAUGCAUACAGUUGUUUUGGAAAACACCAGACAUAAAGUAAAGAAAAAAAUUCUGGAAGAAAUAUUUCAUCCCGUACUGGCAGAAUUAUUUGGGGCAUAAUUCUGGUUGUGGCCCUUUACUGCCGAAAAUUGUUUGGACACCCGAUGGUGGUUUAAUUUGUAUCAAUCUCUUUUUGAUAACAGAAGUGAUUAAAAUUUGUCCGAUGCAGGAAAUGGCUUUAAGUUUUAGGAUAUUGAAGUGUUUCUUUAUUUUAUUAUGAUGGUUGGAACUAUAAUUGUUAUUUUGCUCUUGAAGUUUGACCCUUGGCAUGGGCCCAUUUCGUUGUUGGUUUUGGUGGUGCAGUGCUGAUUGAUGUUAAAUAUUAUAAUAUAGCAUCCACUUCUUCAAUUAGGAUUGACUAAUUAAAACAAUAAUAGAUGACUUUAUACAACAGUGCCAAAUUGUGAGAUAACUACACAUCCUUUAUCUAUGUAUUUGCUAAAAGCUGUCUGCUAUCUGCAUAGUGGAGAUCCAUCAACUUAUGAGAGGGUGAUGCUUAUUUGGAAUCUUCCAUCCUAAGAUUAAUAGUAACAAUGGGAAUACUGUCUGUCACAUGAAAUUCAUUAAUUAGUUGACCAAAGUCACCAGUUCUUCACCAUUGUUUGCAACAACCCACACCAACUGGAUUACACAGCAUAUCUCCUGCACCCCCCCCCCUACAAUAAUCUGACAAUAAUGUAAUGUGACAAAUUAACAUUUCGUGCAGAUGAAUCUGAUUUUUCUGGGUCUCCCUGUACCCCAAGGGGGGAGGGGAACCCCUGGUAAAGAAUCCCUGACAUAAGUUGUUUGCUGGUGACCGUUUUUUUUGGUUUUUUUGUUUUGUUUUUUUUGUUUUGUUGGAUUGAGAUCACUUAGUAAGAACAUUAUUAAUUGGGGUGGGGGGUGGGUCUAAGAUAAAAAUAGUAAUGCUGCAGGGUUUAUUGUACUAUCCGUGGAUUUUUCUAUAGUUUCUGAUGAACUUGGAUCGGGACAGUUGUAACCCAGGUGUAGCUUUAGAUUAUGCAUUGCUAUUUUGUGGCACACAGUCUCUUGUUUUGUAUGGGGCCUGGGUCGGUGUUGAACAAAAGAAGGUACUGGGAUGGUUGUCAGCUUCUAUCUGCCUUCAGGCCUAAUCUUGACUACUGUCUACGAUGCUCCAGGAUCCUAAUGGUCGUGUUCCUCCAUCUCAACACUAAGUUCAAUCCCCAGAUUAAACCAGCUGGGUCAGAGAUUGGAGUUGUCGUCUUCAUUUUUUAAAUGAUUCCUUUCAUCUGUCCAGAUUAGACUAUCCAAAGUAUGUCCAGUUCCCUCUGACGUAUUGCACCAUCCCUUCUACUUAAUACCAACUUUAAGAGCAUCGUACAAGAAUGUUUCGACCACCACCCUGUCCUCAAAAGUCUCAAUGUUCCAAACUGCCGUGUAUUAUGUUAAGUGGUUUGUAUGUGUUUAUUACAUAUGGGAUGUUGACAAAAAAAACUGUUCGACGUGUGCAACGUCAGCCAUGCCGACUAGUGAUAAGGCAACCAUUAUGUAUCAACCAACCCUCGCCUUCCCUGCUCUCUAAAGCCAACCACCACCACCUUUCUUUUAAAAUGGCUUCCCUUUUUCCUUCUGUCGUGCUCGGAUCCGCCCCCCCCCCCCCCCCCCCCCCCCCCCACUCCCUCUCCCAACUGCCAACUUAUCCCGCACUCUCGUCUUCCAUGGCACAGGCCGUCUGCAUUCCCCCCUGCUUCAGCCGUCUGUCUUUCUCCUCACCAGAGAGAGAAAAAGUAGUCCCCUUAAUGGUAAAUGAGGUCAAAAUAUUUUCGUGUGCCUGCCCGAGCCAUUUCAUCCCUCCUUCCUUCCUUCCUUCCUCCCCCAAACAGGACCCCAUCCCUUCCAACAAAGGUCAGUCAACACAAGUUGAUGGUUACUCCCCCUCGUGAUCUAUUAAUUUCUAGUAUUGAUCAGCUCUCAAUAUUAGUCUUACGUAUAAGGCUGCAUUCAGUUCAGCCGACGUGUUGAUACCGUUUUGUUGUUGCUGACACUAUGUGAGGCGAUAUAAAACGGAACGUACCGUAAGCCCUCUCCAGAGCCCACCUGUCAAAAUUCCCAUUGUUUGUUAGCAAUUGCCUAGCGAUAACACCAGUGAGGGUGGAGGGUACCGUAAACUGUCCCUUAUACCGCACGUCUCUUAAUUGUAGUAACGAGCGUAUAUUUAAAUUAUUUCAUUACCGUAAAACUCCCUCUCUCUCCCUCUCUCUCUCUCUCUCUCUCUCUCUCUCUCUCUCUCUCUUGACAGUGACAUUCCCUUUUGUCUCCAUUUGCUAUCCACUGUGACAAUACUUCAACUGACUAUAAACAUAAAGGUGGCUUACGAUAUUCAUAUUGCUUUUUUAAAUGGGGUAUUAAAAAAUGACCCCCCCCCCUCUUUACAACCCACACACUAUUUUCAUCCGUCUGUGCAAAUGUAUGAAGGGGGGGGGGGAAUAAAUAAAUUAAUAGUAGCAGCCACACCAGCUAGCACACUGGUUGUCUUUUUUUAAAUGGGGUAUUAAAAAAUGCCCCCCCCCCCCCUUUACAACCCACCCACUAUUUUCAUCCGGCUGUGCAAAUGUAUGAAGGGGGGGGGGGAAUCAAUAAAUUAAUAGUAGCAGCCACACCAGCUAGCACACUGGUUGUCUACGUGUAUCGUAUACUGUAGUCCUGAUACAAGAGUGGGCAUUCAUUCAUAGAUUUCCGGUACUCCCAAUAACACCAUACUAAACAGGGACCCCCGACCCCAAGUGUUUGGAAGCACAUCAAAACUCUAGGUAAACGACCAAUCCAUUCAUUCAUUGAUGCAGUACCUUGUAACAUUGACCAACGUUGCAGUGGCAUUUAAGCCUAAACAGAUUCUUUGCUAGCGUACAAAAGACAGGAAACCCUAGUUAUAAAAUCAACAUAUUUUUUAAUGCACGUUGUUGACCCUCUUACAAGGACUUUAAAUCCGUUAUAACAUGUCAGCUAUGAUAUUUUACAUACAUUUUCUCAGAAAUAAACAAACGACGCCCCCCCCCCCUCCUCCCCACCAGAAAAAACAACCAACACCCCCCCCCAACCUCCCCCAAGAUGUAAGCCCGCAGCUCUUUCAGUUAUCCCAGAUUAUUGCAAUGGUUCUUCUGACAUUGCUGGCUGGGGUUCUUUGUAUAAUUCCAAAUUUCAGCAUUGAUAGGUAUUGUUUAAUGAUCUGAUCGUUUGGGUACGUCCCUCGACAUCCCGUAACUUUCGUCAGUAGCAUAGUGUAGAAAGGUUUCGCUCUUUGGUGAGCGGCAAGGUAAGAUGCCGUCGGAAACAUGAUACCCAACCACGGGAAACAUUUAUUGUGAUGGGGGGGGGGNGGGGGGGGGGGGGGGGGGGGCGCAGAAUAUGACAGGGGCCUGUGGUCAAAAACUUUUUUUUGUGUUGUUGACAUUUGGCAUUGAGGGAUUGUGUAGAGGAGACAAAGCUGCUUGCCCACCUUGCCCGAGGUACCGGUACGUUACGUUGGGGUGUCCGUUCCGCCUGCCCAACCAUAUUUACCAAUGUCAAAGAACUCGUCUUGCACUAGCUAGUUUGAUGUGUGAAAACUACCUUUUGUGUGGCGUGCUGUUGAAAUGUAUAGAGUGUGUCUUGUAUGCUCAGCUCUGCCAACUGUAGGGUUCCAUAACGAUUUCGCUAUAAAAGCAUUUUGGACAAGGGCUGAAAUGAAUGACUAAUAUCAAUGAGCUAUUUAAGGAUAGUGGUCCUUUUCUUAAUGUUUGAUAAUUAACUUAAUCGAUGUUUUAAAACAAAAUGCUUGAGAUGUUAAUUCCACCCUUGAAUACGGCUUGACACUGAAAGGUUUGAGAACCACUGUCAAUAGUGGUUGUUGGGUUGAUGCGCCCCCGUUAUCAACUGCUUUGAGUAGUAAUUACACAAUACUAAUGGCGUAUACAUGCAUGCAAGUUAUAUUUGGGGGAUUGUUAGAUAAGCCACCAGUUUGACACCUCAUGGAUUUCUGGUGGGAUUUUUAAGGCAGCGUGAGUUAUCUGUCCUAAUCCAUUUUAGGGUUUUUGACUUGAAAAAAACUGUCACUGACGUGGAGCGUCAGCGGUCGUUUUCUGUCGGACAAUUAUUGAAUUCUGUCCUACAAUUAAAGUUGUAGAUACCUGGCGCAACGACAUUUUGGGAUACUUUUUUUUUCUUUAAGGGUGGGAGGGUGGUAGGGGCUUGCCCCAUACCGAACCUCUUGUUUUGAUACUUCUGCAGGUUGUUUACACGUGAAAAACAUUACUAGCAUACUGGCUUUAGUUACCUCAAAACCUUUCUGAUAAUAAGGUAUGCUACCAUGUCAAAGUUAAAUUCUCUUGUAUCAACAGUGAUUCACUCCCUUAGAUUUUCCUAACUCGACAUUAAUUUUUGUUUUUGCUUGCAUUCAUUUUCCCCUAAAAAUUUGCAUCUAGCCUUUGCGAAAAUCUCAAUGUCCUAUAAUGUAUCAAUACUAUGACACCAUGUCAAGAAAGAACCACUUGACAGUGAUCCUCAAACUUUUUUAAAACAAAAAAAACCGAUGCAAGGUGAAAGUUGUACAUAUUUUUUUUUUAGGAACUAUUGGAAUAUGAAAGUAUCUUUAUUAAAGUGUCAUAAUUAUUAAGCGCUAAACAACCCAUUUUCUGUUGUAUUUAUAACUAUUUAGCUCUAAAAAAAACCAGUGUCUAUUGUAUUUAUAAAGUUCUUUCUAUUUUAUGAUUUUCAAAUCCAAUCUAAUUUAUUUUAACAACUUAAAGCUCUGUACUUGUGCUGUCCUUUAAAGUAUUCAGACUGAGCUACUUCACAAACAUACACACUUUCUAUGACAGUGAUUAUUAUAGUACACAUGAGCCAACUCACUUUCCACAGACAGCCUUAACCUUCUUAACUAAAAAUACUUAACUGAUAUCACCAGGAACAAAAUUAAACAUUUAACUGCACUAGUUGUUUUGGAGUGGUUACAGCUUCUUUCUGCUGUAUUUUCUUCAAGAAAUAUUCUAUACAUAGUAACAUUUUAACCACAAGAAGUUAAAAAAAAAUUCCAUUUAAGUAUGAAAUUAUUUUACUGGUACUUCACUAGAAACAGCUAUAUGUGUGUGUGUAUAUAUAUAUAUACAUAUAUAUACUAUUUAUUUAUUUAUAACUUUGCUGCAUUUGUAUCUAAAAACGACUUUUUAAAAUUAUAUAGUCAAGCGUAUUACUUGCUCAUAGAAAAGAAAAGUCACAAAAACACAUGUAAAAACAAAUUUAUGUUUUAAUAUCAAGUUAAAGGCUGCGACUAUUCGUACCUGGGUACCAGAAGUGAGAGUUUGGGAUUAAAAAACUAUUUAAAAUAUUAUUGUUGGGUUUGUAAGACAAAAUGAGGUAUCAAUUGAAAGAUAAUUGAAUGGACUAUAUGUUUGUAAACUUACUUCUUCAGUUUAACUAAAAUAAAUUACCACAAAUGACAUCCGAAUAGCAUUGAGUUUAAUGGUACCCGGGUGCGAAUGGCGGCGCUGCGUGUCUGGGUCCAUUUUAGGGUUUCCCAACCUCUCACUUCUGGUACCCGGGUACAAAUAGCCACUUCGCAAGCUAAACAUGCAUCACAGGAAUAAAUUUAUGGAAUUAAAAAAAAAGAGUAUAACUGACUCUCAAACUGACAAGCACCCUUUUAAGAUUUUAUUCUAUGGGUCCAUAUUCAUUAAAUAUCUAUACAUUUUUAAUUAGUUAACUAAAAAAAUUUGUACUGUUAGCCUUACAUCCAAUAAUCAAUUUCUGACAUGUCAGAAAUUCAGAAGAUAUGCCGAACUCCUGGACAUUUCUGUCUUUGCAAAGGCAAAGCCCAACAUUUUGACUAACAUAUUGGUUUUGUCAGUACACGUUUUAUCUAACCCAGGCAUUUUAUUUGACUUCACAGACACACUGGAAGAGGAGACAGAAGAAGAAAGAGGUGUGUCUGAGUGUUGUCUGUGGGUGUCAGAUCAAUGUAGUGAAUAACCCCCCCCCCCCGUUUCAAAUGGUUUCUCUGUAGUUAAUCAAAUCCGUUUUUCUGAACAUUUAAGAUUCUCAUAUUCAUAUGCAUUCAUUACAAUUAUUGGUUUUUUCAGUACACCUUUUAUAUAACCCAGGCAUUUUAUUUGACUUCACAGACACACUGGAAGAGGAGACAGAAGAAGAAAGAGGUGUGUCUGAGUGUUGUCUGUGGGUGUCAGAUCAAUGUAGUGAAUAACCCCCCCCCCCGUUUCAAAUGGUUUCUCUGUAGUUAAUCAAAUCCGUUUUUCUGAACAUUUAAGAUUCUCAUAUUCAUAUGCAUUCAUUACAAUCUUUUAAUAAAUCCCAUUUGACUUCAAGAUGAAUUCAAACAAGAAUACUAAUUGAUAAAAAAAAACAAAUUUUGGGCUGUAUAGAUGGAGUGAAAUAUACAUUUCUACCGAGACCAAAUAUUUUUGUAUAGAAUCUUCUUCAAAUAUAUUUCCCAUUUCUACUAAACGUAAAAUGACUUUUCUGCACAAGGUACAAGGUAUACUUUCUGUAACUUUAUUGUGUCUUCUGCCCUCCUUUGUCGAAUAUUCACUUAUAUUAAGGUUUAUAUAUUCCUUAGUUUGGGAAGAUAUAGACAAUGCGAUCAAAAUGUUUUUACAUGAAUAAUAAGAUAAACUUGUGCCUACCCACUCUUAAAUGAGUGAUAAUUCUCCCUUGAUUUGCUGUUGUUUUGCAUUGUCAUUUAUGCUCUGAAAUGGCAAGUUAUAUAUUUCUUUAUAAAGUAUGUGUUUAGAUUGUUGUCUCAUAGCAGGUUUUUCCAAAAUUACUGAUCACUACUGAGCAUGUCUGUGCCAAAAGUCUGCAAAUUGGUUGAUCAUCACACAAUCCAUGUCAGCAUGUCUGUGGAGUUUAUGGCUCAAUAGCCUAACAUUUCUCAUUGACAGUAGAUGUGUACAUGGUUAAAACUAGCAUGGCCAUGGAGACAACUGAAUGUCUACUUGUCUGUGUAAAUAUGGGACUGCAUAGUCAGACAGCAUGUCUUGUAAUGAUGUGAUAAAUACUUGCCAAGCAUGAUUGUGUAAAAGAUAUUGUGCUCCAGUCACAAUGGCUAAUGAACAUUUCUUUGAUUCAACAGACGUAGUGCAGGAUGAGACAGAAGAACGGAAAGGUGUGUUGUCUUUUCUUGAUUUAAUUUCUUUUUCACCAAGCUUCUUUUUCUCUUUCUAAUGGUGCGGUUAGAGUAGCUUAGUCUUGCUUUUGGUUCAUGGCUCAUGCUUAGAUUAUUUUUAUAUAUAUUUUGCUUAGAUUAUGAUUUUGUUCCGCUUGAUGGCAUCGGCUUUUUUUUCUUCUCAUUUGUAGAAAUUACAUUUAAAAUGGUAUUGCUUAUAUCUAUUGUAAAAAAAAAAGUCACUGUUUUACUGCUUACGCACAUGUUUUCUUUUAUAAAAUGUUUUAUUAUUCUGCAAUGCCACUUUGGUGUUUGUAGGGUGGAGGUAGUUUGAGGAUCCCUUAUUCAAAUAGGUAGUUGUGUUAAUGUUUUGAUUCCUGCCUCAUUUCACCUGAUGUCUCUAACAAUGUGCCAAAAUCUGACUUAAGAUUUCUUAACAUAAUUAGAUUUCUCAACCAAAAGUUACUUCUAAAACUUCAAUCAAAAUAGAAAAAUGUUAAAAGCAAAGGAAUAAGAAAUAUUAAAGUCUCUUACCAAUUCUGAUCUUCAGUUAUCUUGAUAUUUUGCCUCUGCCGCCAAUCCCAUUGAAUCUUAUUUAGGAAAUAAGCGAAACGUUGUAUGGAAAAAUCUGAAAUAAAAGGGCGCAACGAAACAAGUGGUAAAAACAAUAUAUAAUUAAACAUAAACACUUGGUUGCAAUGUUGUAUCCCAGAGGACUGCAAGAGGAAUCUUAUUUAGCCAACUCGACUGAUAAAGAUGCUAUAGAUACUUUUAAUUCUAAAUUCAGAUACCAAUUUAGAUUUAUAUAAGUAUGUCUAAAAUGUAAAAUGACUUCCCCCCGUCUAAAAUAUCUUGAAUUUGAACUUAGUUUUGUUGAUGUACAUAAAUAUUUUUAUGUGUGGGACUUUUCACCAGUAUCAUUUUGAUCUAAGUUACUCCUUACAUCUUUUGGACCCAGUUUGUCAAAAUAUGAAGAAAGUCUAACCCCCACCUCAAAUAGAGGAGAACUAUUUCUUUACAAAUGACAGCUGCAAUGAUUCAUAAUUAUAAUGUAAACAUGCACUUUAAAACUUAUUGUAACUUACAAGGAACAUAACAAUGAACACACUGAUAAUCCGUAAUCCAAUUCUGCUCUAAAUUAUAUGACCCUAAAUUUUAAUAAGACAUGUUGGCAUGUCACCUAAAAUGCUAUGAUGUGUGGUAGGUUUGCUGUGAUGUUUAGAAGUACUAUAAUUACCUAGGGAUUUUCAUACAGAUUGUUAUUGGCUUCGUUUAAAGAUAUGUUGUUGUCCUUAAUGUGAUUAAGGUAGCAGUUAAAUACUGCAAUGUUUGGUAUUAUUUUGAAAAAGGUUAUUUGUCUCUAAUUAUUUCAAAGUAAUUAUAAGAAUGUUGGCCUGCCAUAAAGCUUUCAAGUAGAUUAAUAAGACCCAAACAAUUUGUGUAAAUUAAACAGUAUAGGUUCAGCUAUAAUAAUCAUACAGAAUACAAAUGUAAACGUUUCGGCAAAUCAAAAGCCUUAUCAGUACAAUAAAAACGUUGCAAAUAAGUAUAAAUUAAAUUAACAUAAUAUAUACAUUUACAUGUAUCCUACCUAAAAAUGAGAGACAAGAAUAAGAGUGUUCGCAAGGCCCCUGACAAAUAAGAAGUUCAGAAGAACGGGAAGGAUGUGGGUGGAAGUAAAAUUUAAAAACCAAACAGAAAAAAGACAUUGCAGCUAUGAAAAAUAGAAAAUUUGGUUAAUACAGUAUGGAGUUAACAUACCAAAUUUUGUUAUUAAUUUAUUUUCCAUAUAAAUUCUAUCCGCCCUAUUACUUUAGUUAAAACUUACAAACUCAUUGCCAUGAUACAGCAAAAUGAUAUGGUGGCUUUUCCAUUUUAAUCCCAAUUAAUAUGCUUCAAGUAAGAGUCUUGAAAAAAAACCAUAAUAAAACCAGUCUCCUUUUUAUUCUUUAAGUCUAUGAAAGCUGUGCAUGUUUGUCAUGUAGAUAGAUAUACUUUUGCAUUAUACCAACUACCGGUAUACUAUUAUUAAUAUGCAUGUUUAUUUUGGGGGAAGAAUGUCCUCCUGAUGUUUUUAAAAAAAAUUUUUUUUUUAAAACAUAUUCUUCUGUCACUAAAUUAAUAAAUUUUUAGCUUAAAGACAAUCCCUUACAAUAUUAAUCCAUUGUAAUUGAAAUGAAAUAUCCUAAAUAAUAAUUGACAAAGUUGUAGAAUAUAGAGAAUUAAAAAUUCAACUACAAUUCAAUAAAUCAAAAUGACACCUGGAAUUGACUCCUUUUUAUUUUACAAGGUUUUUGUGUGUUUCCUUUUACUUUAAGUACAGUCAGAACUGUCAAUGUUUGUAGUGAUUUAUAAAAUAACACUUAGCACUUUUUCUACAACCAAAGAGUUCAGAAGUCUGACUCAUUACCUUGUUAGUAUUCGAAAAUUAAAGGUCAGCAAGAAAAAGCUCCUAUAGAAAAUCUCAUAUAGGAUACACUUGAAAGUUUCCAAAAUAAAAUAUUGCAAUUCUGACGUAUAAAGUGAUCUAUUGGCAUGAAAAAAUAAAGGUUACCUGACAUUGCAAAAAUUUUAACUGACAACUGGUCAAUAAAAAUGGAUUGUCACGCUUAAACAUUGAGAGUGUGUUUUAAAGGAAAUUCAUCAUAUCUUAGAUGAGAAAGUGCAUCAGAAUGUCUGCCCUUUCAUUUUAUGUUUCGUUCCAUAGGUAACUCAUUUCAUAGUAAAUCCCCUAGCAUACUGAUUGAUGAAAUAAAUACCUUAUAACCAUUUCACACAAACCCACACACACACACACCCCAUUGCAUUAUAAAUGGACAUUAUUUGAAUUUCUUGUUAUUUUAUUAUCUGUAGAAAUAGAUGAAGGUUCUCCGCCUCGAGAGGACCUAGAAAGUAAAGACAGUACGGGUAAAGUUGUGGCCAUGGAGGAAAAUGGUACAGACUCCGCAACAAAUGGCAACAACAACAAUAACAACCAUGGUGGACGGGGCAUGGAGGAAAUACCGGAAAAGAUGAGGCAUCAGCUCAAACAUCGAGAGUUGUUUUUAUCAAGGCAGGUGGAAACCUUGCCAGCCACCCACAUACGAGGGAAAUGUUGUGUUACGCUGCUCAAUGAAACAGAGUCACUCCUGUCUUACCUCAAUAAAGAGGCAAGUCUUAUUGGACUUACAUGGAACUUCUGAUUGAUUGAUUUCUUUUAGUACUGUUUUCUAUCAUUUGAAGUUUUAACUGUAUUGUGGAAAUCUUGUUAAUUGAAAGAAGAAAUUCUUAAUAUUGUUGUCAUAGUCAAUUAUGUUACACCUUCAAAUCCUCAGAAAGGCAUAAAAAACGUGAUAUGAAAAUUCAACAUCAGUUUUCACACUACCUGUAGCUUGUUUUUAUUUCUCAUUUGGUAGACAAUGUUACAUUGAGUUCAACUCUUUUAAUGGAGCCUUAAUUCAUUGAUUGACAAUCUUAAGGAAAUUUGGUGACAUAUUUUUUUUCUCUUCUUUUGUUUAGGAUACAUUUUUUUACUCAUUAGUCUACGAUCCCCAACAAAAAACAUUGUUAGCUGAUAAAGGGGAGAUUCGUGUUGGUUCCAAAUAUCAGGCAGAAACAAUUCCUAAAGUCUACACUGGCAUAGAUGGUAAGGACAUUCAACUAUAGCUUAUUCUUUCAUCAUAAAAACAUGGAAUAGCAAGAAACAUGCGAUCUUAUGCAGAAAUACAAUGUCAAGUUAAAAUUUGCUAUGUAAAAGACUUUAUGUAAGUAGCUCCAGGUGACUACCACUUUUCUUUUUUUAGGUUAUUAAAAAAAAUAAUUUUGCUGGAAAUUGACUCAAGUUGCAGAUGGGAACUAUGAAAUCUUUGAUAUUAUUUUAAAAAAGCUCGAUGAAAUGUAUCCAUCAUAAUAAUUUAAUGUAAUUGACACAGUGUAGCUUUUACACACCAUUGAUUUAUGUCAGAGGUUCUUAGCUUUUUUUCAGUGCCACACCCCCACUUGAUAUCUAAACACUUCCGGCACCCCUGUCUCGAUUUUAGAACAUAUUUCCUGCAAUUCCACGAUUAAAAAAAUUAUAAUAAAUAUGACAAAUAAACCUGAUUUGCCGGGUCUUCCCUAACUCUUAUAUCCCAGAGGGUGCGGACACCUGUGUUAAGAACCCCUAAUUUAUGUGGUGUCUAUGGGGGCUUUUAUUUUAGUCCAUGUAAAAACUAGCAGAGAAGCCUUUUAACAAAGUUUAUUUCCCUGCAAUAAAGAUGGUCUAAUAGGGCUGUAGAGGUAAAUGUUAAUAGCAUUUUUAGCUCUUUAGAAGAGUAAAGUAUCACCUUAUGUUUGCACUCAAUAUUAAUACCAUUUUAUAGUAUUAUUAACUGCAUGUAUAUUUAAAAAAAAUUAAUUUGAUAAUUGCAUGUAAAUAAAUUUUAAAAAGUCUCUGUACUGAAUGCAUUGAUAAGCUGAAGUUUAUAUUUAUGUCCAUCAUUUUCAAUGCUGCUCUAAAUUCUUCAGGGGAUGAGGAUCUCCGCAAAUCAGAAGAAUUAGAAGAGCUCAUAUGGGAUCCAUCUCAUGGUCUUACAGAUAAAGAAAUUGAUCAGUUCCAGAUCAUUGCCAGGUAAGUUAUCAAUAACUAACCUUGAAAUAAUUUCUACAUUGUGCUACGUAUCGUUAUAUGGUUUAUGUAACUUUAAUCCUGCUUUAAGAUAUAACUCGUUUGUUGAAUAAAACGUAACAAAGGACUGAAAAGCAGAAUUCAAAAGAUAGUGAUACUAACAUUAUUCAAUUUAAUUAAUCAAAUGGACAGAAAUAAAAACUACAUUAACUUACAGCACAGCAAGUGAACAAGGAUAAUCCUUGAAAGGAACAAAUAUUAAUAUACACACUUAUGAAGAGUAUAAUCUUUAAGUAUAUUACAUCUCGUAUUUGUCUAGCAAAAAUAUAAAAAAUCUCUCCCGGCUGGGAAAGCUGUUGGCCUACCUAUAGGGAGGGAGAUAUUCCUUCCAGGGAAGAAAUUUUAGAAAUUGCAUCACCUGAUAUCAUUCUUUAGAACAAAUAGGACAUAAACAACCUUUUCCCAAUCAAGGUAGGAGUGCGGUUGGUGAUGUUAAUAUCAAAACUAAAAAAUGUGGGAGGACUGGUUGACACAACGCUACGUUGAAGUAAAAAAAAUUGGGAAGCACAGGCUAUAACAAUUGACUUAAGUAUUUUUUCUUUUUUCUCUAUACUUGCCUGUGUAGUAAAAAGAUAAAAGAUAUUUCUCAAUGGCAUUGUCAUUUCAUCUGUUUCUAGAUCAGUUGGUACCUUUGCUCGUGCACUGGACUGUACGAGUACAGUUCGGCAACCAAGCCUUCAUAUGAGUGCUGCCGCUGCUUCUAGAGAUAUUACAAUUGUAAGUAUAAGCUGGAUUUCAAAAUAUUUUCUGACUACAGAAGAUGGCCAUCUCUGCUUGUGCUUAAUUAGAUUUGAUUAACUCUUUUUAAAUAAGUACAUUCAUUAUGAAAAGGGAAUUGCAUCACCAAAUAUGGUCACACUACAACCAACCCAUAGUGAUUUACUAUUUCCUAAUAGAAGCCUCUGUAUAUACAUAAGUAACGGGAGGCGUUAUUUCAAAAGGUGAAGCAUUGAGCAUAAUCGGCUAUGCCUGUUUUCUGUGACAUAAACUGGGAUCUUGUCUGAUUCUAAGCAUUUAUAUACUGGGAUCUUGUCUGGUUCUAAGCGUUAACAUCAGAAUUCUUUCCUGGUAAUAAUCUUAUAAAACACUCUUCUAUUUAAAUUUUUAUAAAAAUAAAUUUGGUUGUGUUUUUAAAUGGCUGCAUUUUUCUUAAAUUUAAAAAGCAAAAAUAAUAAUGGUGUUAUUUCUAAGUAUAAUUCUUAAUUCCUGUAUAACAGUUCCAUGCAAUGGAUACCCUCCACCGACAUAACUAUGACAUUGCUAAAGCAAUCAAAAGCUUAGUGCCAUCUGGCGGGCCUGUACUUUGUCGAGAUGAGAUGGAAGAGUGGUCAGCUUCUGAAGCCAAUUUAUUUGAAGAUGCUAUUGAAAAGUAUGGCAAAGAUUUCAAUGACAUCAGGCAAGAUUUUGUAAGUGUGCUUUAUCUGCUUCUUAACAUCAUACAUCAUUGGGUGCCAAGAUCAUGCAUUGGGUGCCAACAUCACACAUAACAUUAUUAAAUUGUGGUUUCAAAUACGAAGAUUAUUCCAAAAUUAUUAUUAUAUAAGCUUGCUUGCUUAUUGCCAAUCAAUUGAAAUGCUACAUAACAUCAAGGAAUUCAUCACACACUUUCUUUUUCCUUAGUUACCUUGGAAAUCCUUAAAAAGUAUAGUUGAAUACUAUUACAUGUGGAAAACCACAGACAGAUAUGUGCAACAGGUAAGACUUGUACAUUUUACUCAUUGUUUUAUUUUGAAUCAGAAUAGGGAAAAAAUUGACCACAAAAUGUAUGGCCCAUUAAUGUUCAGUUUCAUUGAUGAGUUCCUAUGGCCGGAUCUAGAAUUGCAGAGACUGCCCCCAUCUUGUUGAAAAUGGUUCCAUAUCCUUCCGUUUUCAUUAUGAUAUUAAGGGGUUAUCCAAUACCUUAUAUUUGAUAUCAAUGUAGAUUUUUUUUGUUUAUCCAGUGCUCACUUUUUAUUAGUUAAAAGGCUCUGGGCUUUAUUUUUAUGAGAAAAAUAUAUCAAAUUUACAUUACUAAUUUCUAAAAUUCCAACUUGAGCCAAAAGUAAAGAAGUUAAUGUUUGUAAUAUAAUAUUUGACACAUGCAUAAUGGAAGGUUGUAAAUUUCAGAUUCUAAAAAUCUGGACACGGGGUAGCUUUUCUUUAAUAUAAAAUAGUUGGAAUUUCUCUGUGACAUAUCACUGAACUUGGUAUAAAAAAAAAUUAUAAAAUGGUUAAGCUUUCAUUGACCAUUUUUUAAUUGACAUAUUGGGUUGUGUCCACUAUUAUAACAGGAAGUAAGCAAUAAUUUAUACAGAUUAAAGUGUUUUGAAUUUCCUAUUCUAAAAAUAUGUUGACAGGUGGAUGGAAGGGAAAGUUUAAAUAAAAAAUAAGCUAAUUAAGUUGUUAGCAGUCUCAUCUCCUAACACCUUGAAGGGCCAUUCUGUUAUUUGACUUUUGGAAUCUGGCAUUUUUAAGCAUAUGAUAUUUUUUGUGAGACAUCCUUGUUCUUUGAAAAGUAAUGUUGUACUACUGGUGUUCUAGAAACGAAUCAAAGCAUCAGAAGCUGAGAGCAAGCUGAAGCAGGUUUACAUUCCUAACUAGUGAGUACUUUCCUUUUGUUUUCUGGCAAGACUUAUUAUUUGAUAGAUAAAAUAAGUGUAUGCUUAAGGUGGUGCAGACUUCAGGCUCUUGUGAUCUGAAAUUACAUUUUACGUUUCUAGUGAAUUAAAAUUUUCCUCGCAGCAAUGCAGUUAGUCUGUGAGUGUUCAUUCUCUACAUUAACAAAAAUACAAGCCAGUAGUAGAAUAAGAGUACUACAUUUGUAUGCAAAAACAUAACUUAUUGAAACUGCUAGUAAAAUAAUUUGAGAAUUAUUUUGGCUUUUAUUUUUGUGUGUGCAGGACUGAUUAUUUUUGCACACUGUUUUGAUGGGAGAUUGGCAUGUAUUUAUUAUAGCAACAUUUUCCAUCAUUUCCAUCAGCAACAAACCUAACCCAGCGGCCAUUACCACUAAAAUGAAUGGUACUGACGGCCCGGUCUCAGGGAGGGCAUGCGAGAGCUGCUACAGUAAGUAGCCACAUGUUAACAAAUACUAUACCCAUUUGCUCAUCAAGUUUUACGCCUUAAGUUAUCCCUUAUUUUUUUAGAUUUUCUUGUAUGUUUGUACAUAAAAUUGCUGUUUUAACUCAAUCCAUUCAAUGCUAAUAAUAUUUUUAAUGUCCUUAUUUGAAGAUGAGCAUGUUGCAAAAAAAAAAAUUAAUACAAAAAAAUGUAAUAUAUUAUGGCUAAAAGGACCGUGCUGGAGUAAGAAGAGAUAUAAAAGCAGAAUAUGUUUUAACAGGAUGUGACAAAAUGACACUGACUAGACCUAAAAAAACCACAGAGGUGAGCUAACUAAAAUUGACAAUUUUGGUUUUGAGCAUCACAUUUUGUAUACUUUCCCUCAACAGCUGCUCACUCAUCACAGUGGUACUCAUGGGGUCCUAUUCACAUGCAGUGUCGAUUGUGUAGCAAUUGUUGGAGUUACUGGAAGAAGUACGGUGGACUCAAAAUGCCCACAAGACUCGGUAAGAGCACUUGGCUAAUGGCAUACUGUUUUAAUGGAGUUUUUCUAGUUUCAUUUCUGUUAUCAGAAAGAGUAGAUCUAAAAUGCACAGAAAAUAAUACGAAAAGAGAAAGGUGAAAGUGGACAUGUUAAAUGAAAACUGGUUGAUUUUCACAAAGCGAUUACAGAAUUUUUUUAUCAUGAUAAAAUAUAAAAAAAACAACAAAACACAAUAUAAACAGUAGAUGUAUGUGAUAUUUACUGGCAUUGAAUGUCUCAUUAACGGGGUUAGCCGAAUUUGAGGUGGGUCACUUCAAAAAAUAGAUACUGCUUUUUACAUGAAACACGAGAUGGCUUUUUUUUUAGAGCAUGUGUAGUCUACUGUCAGUUAACAAGUUGGCGUAAGUACAGAUAUCAUUAUCACAGUAAAUCAUAUUCACUCAUAUUAAUAAUUACAGCAUUUAUUUUACAUAAAAUUCUUGUGGCUCAGUUCAAGCUAGGCCUCUUGUUAAGUAUAAAAAAUAAAUUUUUUAUUGCGAUCAAAAUUAUUUACACAAAUGACUUGUCAUGUUAAUCAAACUGUGAUAUCAAAUUGUUUUGGCCAGACAGUGGCUAUGUAAUCUCUAAAAUUAUAUUUCCACUAACUUAACUUACAACCUAUAAAAGUAUGUCAAAAUAUUACAUGCCGUGCAGACAGUUUAAUGAUUUGUUUAAACCGGUUUUAAAACUGAAAACCGGUUUGUAAAAAAAAUAAUAAUCGGAUUUUAACAUCCAUGCUCUUAAUCCAUUUUAGCUUUAUCACAGCCUUAACUCUCUUCUUAUUAUUUAAAAAAAAGAACCAGGAUUUAUCUUGCAAUACAGGGGUGUCCAACUCAUAAGGUUUAGCUGGCCACUUAGAUAAUGAGAAACUAUUAGCGGGCCGCAAGUGAUUACACCUUAUAUUAAAAUAUCUUAAAAAACACCCACUAAAGCCUACGAAGAAAUUUUUUUCUAUUCUUAAUGCAUAUAAUAAAAUGCUAAAUAGAAAACAGAAUCAAACUAAACUGAUGAGAUAUCAUUUGAUCUUUUUCCUCUCUUUUUAAAAAUUGAUUUCUUUGUCAGUUGAGUGGAGGACGAAAAACUUAAUGUGUGAUAAAUUAGGCACAUGCCGGCAGCGGGUUAGCCACCCCUUUUUUAAUUUAAACUAAGAGAAAUAGGCAAAAAGACAUUUUAACACUCUGCAAUGAUUGCAAAUUUCAGAUGGAGAAAGGCCAGCACCAAAUGCCAGACAAGGUUAGGUUUAUUAAAAUUAUUGUUACUUUCUAAAACAAUCCCCAGUUUGUUUAAUUAGUGUGAUAUGGAGCUUAUGUUGUUAAUAGAAGUGGUCAUAUAGCGCUGAAUUGAAUAUUUGUUGUCAAUAAUUGUUAUAGCAAAUACAUUAAUUUUUUUUCAGAGCGUGUGGCCCAGAUGAAUUCUAUCCGUAUGCAGAAAUGUACUAUUAGUGGUUGUGGCAAGGUGAGUUGUUAACACUCACAGAGCAUUCUAAUUUUUUUUUUACUAAUGGAAAGCUUUAUGAAUUUGUAGAAAGUAUCUAUUUACAUUUUUUAAAAAUUGUAUUGAUUAACCCUCUUGAGGUGGCUGGGCUGAUCUAUUUGCUUAGAGUGUUAUGGCAAAAGCCUCAGAUAGGCUGGCUGGUCAUCGUACCAGCUAAUCAGAUGGCUUCUUGCAUUUCUUGCUCAUCUCGCCAUUUUAAUGGCAGCUUCCAUUGAAUAUUUAUGGUGUCGUCAUUUUUAUAUUAAAUUCUUUUUUUGGUGCCCAGUGACCCUUAUCAUUGUUAUAAAAAUAUGUGACCUUGAAAUAUGUCAAAAGGCAUAAGCUGUCAUGGGGGGGGGGGGGGAUUUUUUAUGAAGUUUUUCAUAUUAAUCUCAUUCAAAUAUGGGUUAGUACUUCUUUAGGCUUUAAUAAUCAUAAAAUUUUUUAAAAUUCUGCAAGUAAGACAAGUUUAUUCUAAAAAAAAAUAUUACAUGUAUAAAUUAUGAAAAUUAGGAUAUCUCAUUGGCAUUAAUGUUGAGAUUUUUGUUUGAGUCCUAAAUAUUGUUUUAGUUUUUCAAUUCCCUACAGGAAUAUAUAUAGUUUUAUAUUUGUAAAGUAAUUAGUUUAUUUUUUAUAAUUUUUAUGUAAAGUGGAGGGCUUUUGAAAAGGGCUCUGUCUUUCGGGCACAGACAGUCCAAAAAGACUCCAUCUGAAAAGGGUUAUUAUUCUGAAAAAUGAAUGCUGGGACAUAAGUUUGUUUGGCAAAUAGAUAUCAAGAUGAAAGGUUAUGCCUCGUGAAGUAGUUACCCCAGAAAGCCUACUUAAAUGCACUGCACAUGAACAAACAUAUUUUAUAGGGAUUUCUAUAUUUUUACAAUUUCUUUUCUAAAAUCCUUAUUUUCUCAUUGGAUCUGCAGGAGUUUAAACUGAAAGCUCACCUUGCAAGGCACCUUGCCACAGCACAUGGUCUGGCAAUACAACCUGGUAGUCCACGACCAGUGAUGAAAACACGAGCCGCUUUCUGCCUUGUUACCACUGAGCUUACCCGUAUAUCUAGGCGGCUAUGCAGAGAUAUUCUACGGCCUAGACAUGCAGCACGUUGCCCAUUCACACCCAUAAACACUGCAAUAAUCAAACAAGAAUGUGAGUUUUUCAUCAUCUUGAUAUGAAAUUAAUUUUUUGGUAUGUGCUAUUAUCACCUUUUUGAUUAAAUAGUAUCUAAAAACGGUAUUAAAUUUGUCUUAUUUUAGGUCAGCUUCGUCUAUCCGAUCGAGGAAAUUCAUACCAGUCUGCAGUCAAGUCUCGAACUCCCACAACACUGGAUCCUGUGGUGGCCAGACUUGGCAUAGACACCAAACAGGAAAAGCCGUCUCUAUUAUCACGUGGUCCUAAUUGUGGUGGGGGAGACCGCAGCAACACAGUUAAAGGCAAGUAGAUGAUAAAUCUCUUCAUCACAGAUAAAACAAAGAUAUAUGCCAAAAAAUUGACUCUUUGUUGCAGUGACUCACACUUACAGCUAAAUUGCUGUUUCCAAUGCCACACUGCAUCUGGCCAGUUUAAUUUAGAAAUGCACCCAACAAAUUGUGGUUACUACAAUGAUUUUCUUCAAUGUCAAAAUUGAAAAUUAUCUGUUAAAUAUUCUAACCAAUCUUCAAAUAUGACCCUAAAAUUAAAAAAAAAAUCAUUAUUGAAAGAGAAAUUUUUGUAUGUGACAUCUAUUAAUUAUUAAGUAUGUCAUGCAUAUGCAAGUGAUCCAUCUAUCAGGGGCUGGGAUCACAGAAAACUUUCAUUUUCCAUUGGAAAGGGGGUGGGGCUGUAUAAAAAUAUCAAAAGCUUUGAGCCACUUAAGACUAGCUCAAUGCUAAGGGAACAGAUCUGACCAGGUCCAGCUACAACAGGAUCUCAAUCUGUUAGCUGAGUGGGAGAUGAGCUGGGACAUGGAAUUUCACCCUGCCAAGUGCCAGACACUAUCAAUCUCUAGAAGUUGUACUCCUCUACACUACCAAUACAAACUGCACGGCCAUAUUCUUGAGCAAGUUUCCUCCGUAAAGUACCUGGGUGUUACCAUUCAAAGAGAGGUCCGCUGGGACGAGCAUAUUAACAAUGUAUGUAACCAAGCAAACCAAGCCUUGGGGUUCUUAAGGCGAAAUCUAAAGAUUGGCAACUCCUGUGUGAAAGAAAGAGCAUAUAAAGCCUUUAUCCGUCCGAUUUUAGAUUAUGCAUCUUCAGUCUGGGACCCAUUUACCCAGAAGAGCAUUGACAGGUUGGAGGCGGUCCAGCGACGAGCAGCACGUUUUGUCCUAAACCGCUACAGGAAUACCUCUAGUGUUGGCAGCAUGCUAGAAACACUAGGCUGGUCACCAUUGGAGAAAUGACGACGACAAUCCAGGCUCUCCAUGAUGUACAAGAUAAAUAAUGGGCUGGUCCACUGUUCCAGUAUUAAACAGAAACUCGUCCCUCUCCCAAAUAGACAGCGACGAGGCCAUGACAAGCAAUUCAGGCUCAUCCCAGCAAGAAGCCAGCAUAGGAGCUGCUCAUUCCUGCCCAAGACAAUCAGGGACUGGAACCAUCUUUCCAAAGGAAUGGUUGAGGCGACAACACUAGACACAUUUGUGUCUAUUGCCUCAAGCCUUCAAACCCCUAGUGCAUAUUUCCUCAUCACCACCAGUAACAGAAACAUUGCAAAUCCCAUCUACAUGCAUAGGACCCAAAAUGAUCAAUAAAUUGAUCGUGGGCCCUUAAGAUAUAGAAGAAGAAGAAGAACUAACUUCUACCCCCAAAAUGUCUGAGAGACUCAUAAACCUCAUAGGGUAGAUUGGCACUACAAAAUGCCCACAGAAAUGGGAUGUAUAAUGGCAACUUUAUGCUAAUUAUUACAAUUAAUAAUACCAUAUUAGUAAUAUAAUAAAAAAUAAUUUUACAAAUAUUUAAUGCCCGAAAACAGUUUCAAUAUUUUAUAUCAGUCUUGUUUACUCUGUAUAAAAUAUUUUAAAGAAAAUUUUUAUCUGCUUUUAGAAAGACCAGCUGAAAAUGUCAAAGUUGGCUCAGGGCAUCCUUCCAUAAUGAAAAAGAGAGGCUAUGAACAGACCAAUGGUGUGGAUUCAGGUGGAAAAUAAUUAUGAGCUGAAGUAUAAUGUUAACUAUGAAAAAUAUACGGCUACAACAAGAGAUUUAAAUUUUGUUUGUAUUAACCAUACAUUUUUUUUUUCAUUACUAAACUCACCAUCAGAACUUCACAUGUAACAAUUAAAAACUACCCCUCAUCAUAAAAGAUUUAACAAUUAAAAACGAAUGUUACUUUCAUAAAGAGCCCAUUGUCAAUAAUGCAUGUAUUUUCAAACUUUCAGCACCAUUAGCAAAAAGACCCAACAUGAGUGUGAUUCGGCAGGCUGGCACUAACAUCAAAACUCCUGGCGUAACUGUAAGUACACUCAAUGUAAAGUAAAAUGAGGACACUAUUCUCUUAGCUCUCUUUUAAGCUUGAAUUGUAACUAUGGUCGGUGAACGACCCGUUUGAAUUUAAGCUUCUGAGAAAAUGUAUUCAGAAAGCUAUGGAAUAUUGUUGUCUGAUAAUCUAUUUUUAAAAAGUGACAAUACUAAUAAUUUUGCAACAAAAUGGAACCAUUUAUUUUUAAAAUGUACACAAUUUAAUUUAAUACUUUUUGUUAUUUUUGGAAAUGUUAAGAAUUGCGGGUUCAAGGUCAGCUAUGGAUUGAUUAUAAUACACAUUCUGCCUCAGAAGUAGUUUCAAACCAUUCAAAAUUUUGAACAAAAUUUCUACUAGUUUUGUCACUGAGAAAUUGAUAUUGUUGUAUAUUGAUUUAGACAAGCCAGAGAAUCUCUGUAGUAAGAGUUUGGGUCGUCUAAAACAAGAUACAACUCUUACUUGGCAUUGUAAUUAUUUCUAUGUGUAUAAACAUAGUGUUGUGGCCUAAUAAUGUAGCUUUUCAUUGCUUGUAGUUGUAGUUGUAUCUAGUAUCUUAAUGAGAUUUGGGCCAGUUCACUGGAAGGCUGAUUUGUGGAUUCUCUUACAACUUUUGCAUGAAGGUAGAAAGUAAAACUACAAAUGUUAACUGAACAUAAUUUAUGACUUAUUGUGUAAACAACUUUUAAAAAUCAUAGACUUUUGUCCCUGUAUGCUAUUCAAUUCACCAUUUUCUCAUUUUUUCUAAUAAGCUUACGUACGUGCAUGCCAACACUGAUUUCAUAUUUCCUAACAUUUCAGUUAGCCUAACCAGCUCUUAAAUAUCCUCCUUUUAACUGCUGAUUAACCUUUUUUUUAAAUCUAAAAGCAUUGCAGAAAAUUAGUUCUUAAUAGGCACUAGGACUGGCACACAUUAUUUUUUGUAGCAACUGAAAAGCAUUUAAAAACAUUUAAUUAAAUUAAUUUCAGUUUUAAACACACUUUUAUAUCAGUUAGGCAAUGGGAAAAGGUUAAAUAUCUUUUUUUAAGGUUUAAAUUUGCCUUUAAACCAUCUCAAAUAUUGAUGUUAAAAAAAUAAUACUAAAGUCUAUUGAUUGUCCAAUGAAAGUUGUGCUCUUGUUGUUGUGUGACCCCAAUCAUUCACUGGUGGCAAAAUACAGCUCAUGUCAAUCUCUUUUUUUUUUUAGUGAAUUAUACCAGUACCUAAAUCUUGUACUGUUAUGGUUAAUAGAUAUUGUCUAGUUGCAUGCUUGUCCUUGGUAGAUUUCCAAAUGUUUAAAAAAAUUAUCAAAUUUUACAAAAAAGCAACACUAUAAUUUGUUUUUUCUCACCGUAUAGCGGGUAAGCCCUUCACAAAGUUAGAACAGUAAAUGAUCUGCGAUUAAUGAUUCAAAUAAAAUAAGUCAGGUCCUUCGUUUUGAGUUUUGGAAAGUGCUAUGAAAAUGUGUUAGCAGAAAAAAUAUACAAUUUGAGUAUACUUUACAGCCACCUUAAAAAAAAAAAAUUAAAUUAGUAAUGAUUGGAAUUUAGAAGUUGCCUAUUGGGCCUUUCAAUAAAAAAAAAAAGUGAGCAUUGUUAAACUGCAAAAAAACUUUUGCCAGCUGCAGUUGUCACAGCUUUUGCUAGUUUUGUUUGCAUUCACAUUUACAGCUAAAUGGAAGUGACAUGCACCCUAACAAAAGUCUCUUUUUUUUUUCCCUUAUAUUUUAUUUUGUUUUACAACCAUGUACAAUCUUCCAUUUCAUAAAUAAAUACCUUAUUAAAUUCUAGAUUAAAAAAAGCAAAAUUAACUGUAGUAAGGCUUCCACUUUUCAUUUAAACCCUAAUCAUCCCCUCCGCUUUUAAAAUAUUUCUGUUAUGCAAUUGCAAGUGCUGGUUGCACAGUGCACAUUCAAGAGCAGCACCAUCACUGCAAAUAUCAGUGAAUCACUUAAAACUUGAUUCUGAGCGAUGGCGUAAUGCCACAUUUUGUGAAGCAGACUCGGUUGAAAUUGUUUCUCUGACACACCUGCUGCAGCUUCUUUUUUCCUUUUUUUUUUUUGUAUCUUUGAUUUUUGCAGAAUCUCAUAACCAUUUUUUUUAAUAUGGCAUUUGUUUUUGAAAAAAUAAUGUCCAAAUAUUGCGUGUCAUUGUGUUUAUUGAGUUAUCUUUUUUUGUUUAUUUUUAACCACAAUUAAUGCCAACUGCUGCUCAAGUAAAAAGCUUUCAUUAAAAAAUAUAUUUUUUUUUACUAAUUAGAGGUUUUUUAGAAUUUUCUUGAGUAAUAGAGGAAGAGCACGUUUAAGAUUCCAGUACUGGAAAUAAGUGUGUGUGGGAGGGAGUAUUACAUAUGUAGCCAUCCGAAACAGUGGGGGUGAAGUGCCGCUAUACGGUGUUUUCUUUCAGCGAGGAAGUGUGCUCAACCACAACAGCAUCAAUGGACGAAGUCGCUUUGCUGGCCGCAACGUGAAGAUGCAUAUGGUCAGUUGGAUGGACAUGCCAGAUGAUGUAUAUUUUGUGGCAACAGGGGCAACAAGGUGAGGCUUUCUAGUCCUUCCACUCUUCAUGGGUACAUGAAGACUUAAAACAUGCUGACAAAAUUUGAUACAAAUUAGACAAUAAUUAUUUAUAUAUUUAAAAAAAAUAUUUAAUUCAUAAUAAUAAUAGUCACAAAAAAUGAAAGAACAAAAGACAAAUUUGAAGUAAAUAUAAAAAAAAACAUUUAAAAAAAAACAUUUUUUUGAUGAAGUAAAAUAGUUAAUAGGAAUAAAUUUAGUUACACAUUUUGAUGAAAUGAUGAGAGAUAAAAAAAACUUAGGGGUUAAUCUUGUUUUAUUUGUUUAAUUUAAUGUUUUGAUCGACAAUGUAAACAUGUUGUUUGAUUCACAUUGCAUGAAUGUUUAUUAUGCCUGAUUGGAUCUAAACCCCCAGUCAAAGCUUAAUUUUUGUUUUUUUUAUAUAUUUUUAAUGUCAAACAAUGUGCGUGUCACCAGGUAGUCAUUUUUGGGUUCAUUACAGAUAAUUGGUUAUUAUUGCUCAUUGGAAUCUAAAUUAUGCUGGCAAAAGUUGCAUGUAACCUAAUCUAAUAACAACCAAAAAUGUUGCCCACCAUUUGGACUUUGAUCGUCUCUGGGAGACAAAAGCAAACUUUCCAGCAAGAAAAAUAAAUGAUUCAAUUAUACAAAGAAUAGAAUUUGUGGCGGCAAAAAUGUGAUUUACUCUGUCGAAGGGAAUGUUAUUUUAUUUACAGUUGUGAACCAAAAAUGCAGGCCGCCCUUUCUCAGCGCCAAGUUUUUAUAACAUUGAGAUUUUCAUCAGCUCCUUAACUUUUAGAAAUCAACUGCCAUUUGCAAUUCUCAGAGUUCAUAACUUAAGGUUAUUAUUUUUUAGGGUGCAUAAUAUGAUUAGGAUAGAGGGUAGGAAAUAGGGUAAUCAUCAUGGGUUCCAUGAUCACUUAGUGAAAGAAAAUAGUGGAAAAAAUUGUGAAGAAAUCAAAUAAAGCUAAUUAACUAUGAUGGACAAAAGACACAACUGGCUUUUGUUUUGUAUUUUUUAAAUAUAUUUAAUUAAAAUAUAAGUGGAAGGUCUAUAGGGGUAUAUUUUUCAAUGUAUUUCCCAAAAUAUAGACCUGACCUGCUUGGGCACUAAAAAUGUUUAUUAUUUUAAAGAUAAUUUAUUAAAAAAAUAUUUUUAACCUAAAGAUAUUCUUAUUUGUAACUUUUUAUGGGUGAUGUUUAUAAUCUUGUUAUAAAUCUUGGUUUGGUUUGGGUAUUUCAUUCAAACGAUAGUAUCUCUAGUUUCCCGGAAUGCUACAGAGCUGAGCAUUUUUGACAGGGUAAGUCUUAAGAGGGCGUUUAAUCUUUUAAAAGAAGGUGAAGUCUGGUUACCAAUUAUGUUUCGUGAAAUUCUAAAUCAAAAUGGAUGAGUGCAUAACUUCCUUUUAAACGUAUGAUUAUCUUGCUCACCAUCAUAUGAGUCAGAAGAAUAAAAUGAUCCAUAUUCAGAUUUAAAGAUGUUGUCAGAUUCAGCUCAUUUAAAAAACUUGCUGCCAUUUUAUUUGAACUAAGAAGUAUAUUUCAGAAGUUUUGUAAUGAAGUAUAAAUAAAAGUAAGGAUUCCCAACCCAAUCAAUUGGUCUCAAUAUGUUUCACAUUCCACUGCAUAUCAGCACUCUGUAGGCUUGUAGAUUUUACGCUUGUCAUUGGAUUACUAAAUAUAUUUUUUGUUUACUAACCAAAAUCAAACUUGUAUAUUGUUUUUAGGAAAAUUCGCAAGCAGCUUCAGAUGAACGAUUUUAAACGCCUGGCUCGUAAUCCAUGGAAGCAUCUAAAUGUGAAACCACCUCUACCUUCAGGGUCUUUGGGUAAUGGCCAUAGAGCAGGGCAGCAGGAAGUGGUGGUCUUGGAUUGAAUAUUGUACAAGUAAUUGAGUAAGGUACUGGCUUUGAAGAAAUUUUAAUAUGCCUUUACUUUCCUCUCGAUUUAUUGGACUUACAUUUGGUAGUCUGUUCACCUGUUUGCCUUCAGUUAAAAUUGUUUAAAGUCUAGAAGUCUUAUCUACACAGCUUAAUGCAUGGAUAUAACUUUUUGUUGUGUAUGAAAGAGGUUGCAUGAUGUUAGAGAUAAACAAGGUACAUGUAAAGAUUUGUUUAUAAUUAUGGUUAUUUAAAUUUAAAAAUUCUGCUUCUCAUGUUAUUUAAAUUUUUUUAUCACAACAGGUCCAUGUCUUUGUCCCAUAAAUAUAUCCUGAAAUGGGUUUUGUCCAGGUAGAGAUGGUGCUUGCUACAAGAGAGGUUGUCCUUCUAUGGGGCUGGAACAGGAGAAUUGGAACCCUCAAAAACUGUAUCAUUGACCAACUGUUGGCUUUCCUAAUCAUCUGUAAAUAUUAAUUGCAUUGUUGUGGAGAAAUUUUCUGUGUUGAUACAUCAUUGUUGUGGAGAGAUUAACCGUGAAGAGGGGAGGCACCUGUGUGGAUGGAUGACUUUUAUACAACUUGUGUGCUUGGGUUUACUUGGCCGGUCUGGUGCAGCGCCCCGACUUUGUUUGAUGAGGCUGGCUAAUCAGUUUUUUUAAUGGUGGGAAAGCUUACUGAAUAUAUUGUGUAUAUUCGCAAGUCAGUGUGACUUGAACAGGUUUUCUCAAUGUUUCUGCUUGUUGAUUAUAUGAUUGCUAUUUGAUUUGAAGUCACAGAGGGGUGUUAAACGGAUAUUCUAAACUAGAGAUCAUUUUGAUUGUUCCAGAAAUAUGAAAAAAUAAAAGAGAAUUUACUGCAAUUUAAAUCCAGUUUCUAUUUUUAAAAUCUAAAACAGCUAAGACUUUCAUAUUGCGGUAAGUUUCCAAUCUACAAUGUUACUCUACUUUAAUAACAUGGAUCAAGGGUGUGAGGCUUUGGUUCAAUUGUUCACAGAGAUUUUCUUUUACAGAAUGAAGACAACACAUGUAUGUAAAUGUAUUGGAUAUGUUAACCAAACAGAGAGUGCCAAUGAAUUUUAUGUAAAUGUGUGUCAUUAAUUUGACUAAGGGGAAAAAAAGACUGGUAUUAUUACUUGAAUGGUCAUAUUAAUUGAAUGUACCUCAGAACAAUACAUACGAUUGUGAGAAUUUGAAAAUGUUUAAAUGAAAAGUAGGUGUAGGUCUUGCGCAGAGUGAAAGCAUUUUCAUUUCCAAAGCAGUUACAUUAUUGAAAUUGUGUUUUUUUUUUUAAACUGGUUAAAUUGAUGAACAAGUGGAAUUUUGUUCACAAAUUCAGGAGUUGAGACUAAAUAUAAUUGAGAAAAUCUGUAAUUGGGAUUUGUUUUUUUUUUUUUUAUUUACAUCCAUUAUAAUUGCUGCAGGACUUCUUAGUAUUCUUAGCUGACCAUUUUGUCUCUACCUUGACCUUGUCAGGGCACCUCCAAUUUAAACUUAAUUUCUGAUUUGUUUCAGUUGCCUGAAACUUCAGUUCUUUAAGGUUAGAAAGUAUUGUGUGCAACUCAAAUUUGUCUCUCAUCCAUCUUGAUUUUGAGUAGGAGGGAAACAGUAUUUUCAUGUCUUCCAUUAGUGUUGGAGAGUAUUUCUUUAAUAAAACAAAAUAAAAAAAGUUAGUUGAAGGUCAAUGUUUCUCUGACCUCAUUUCUUGUACUGCCCCUCCCUCCCAUGAUCACCCUUGGAAAAUAACUCACAAUCAGUACACUAUUUUUACAUUACACAGUAACAAGGGUCUUAGACUACAAUUAAGGUAGUUUUUGAAUGUCCUAAAUGUUAAUAUCAAUUAUUUUUUUGAAAACCCUGUUAUUGUUAUUAGGGAAACCAGUAGUUUGGUCAGUCAAAUUAUUAUUCUGUGACAUGUUUUUUUUUUAAUCAGUAAAUUUUGUUCUUUUAUCUCAAGCCACUCCCUUAUUACACUGAAAACAGAGUUGUGUCAUAGAAGGAGAACAAAUUGAUAGAUUAAUGUUUAAGUAACUUGAUUAGAUCUCAAUUAUAACUUCAGAGCUGCUUAAAAUUACAAGCAAGUGAAAAAACUGUUUCCUUCUAAGCUCAACUAAAUUAAAACUUGAAUAAUUAUUACAUGUUUAUUUUAAUACAAUCAUCUUUCGCCAUUUCCCCCAUUAAAAAAUCACUUUGAUAAAUAUCACCCCAUCAAGGCUGGUUGUGGCAUAAUUCAUUUAUAAAAAGUUUGAUAUAUUGAUAGGAAGUUUGUGCUUAAAAAUAAUUGUAUUUUCAAGAUUCUUGUAAAAUAACUUGAGGAAGCCCCAGGGAAUGUAGUGGAUAACUAUAACUACCUUAAUAACUUGAUCUCAUUGUUAGCUAGUGAAUCUCUAAAAAUAUGAUGUCCGAUCUAACAGAUUGGUAAUACUAUAGAGCAAUUAGUAUUGAUCUGAUGUUUUGCCCCUAUCUAAUUUGAACUUCAUCCUCAAAAACAAAGUGUCUUAGCCUCUUUACAUCUAAAUACUAAGUAUUCUAAAACAGAUAAUUACCAACCACCUGGUUUCCCUAGACCAUUGUCCCCAAUACAUAAAUGAAAAAAAAAUGAGGGAAAAAAACCAAACACUUUGUAUUUUUAACUUUUAAAAUGGACCAUCUCUGUGCAACUCAUGAGUGUAAAUAUACACUAAGCUGUUUGUGUUGGACUCUUUCACAAGGAUCUGUCCCUAAAGUGGGAGAUGACAUAACAGAGUUGUCUGGAUCUGUUUAACGUUAUUGUUGUUUGUUGUCUUAAUGACACUUUAUGCAAAUAUGUACAAUACAAAAAAUAGGAAAUGCUUGAAGAAUUUUGAGUAGAUGUGGUUUAUUUAGCUGCCAUUUCUGGUAGCUUAUGUCAGGUUCAUGUAGUUAAUUUCCUUAAGAUGAAGACUAUUGGAUUCAUUCACAAGGCUCCUUGGCAAAAGUUACCGUAACAAAAAUUUGGUAAUGAAUUGAAGGAUGAACAUUUUAAUCUCACUUUUGAAAAGUAGUUAAACUUAGAAUAAAUGACUUUUUCAACUCAGAAUGACUCGUUUUCUCAAAAAUCUUUAACAUUUUAAGUUACAGGGUAAUAAUACAAACUUUGCUUGUGCUGCACAAGACAUUGAAAUAUUACAAACAACUUGACAUAUUUUCCAUCAGAGAAGACUGUAUAAUUAAUAAUGUAAUUCACCUUGUGUUAAAUAAUAGUGUAACUGAAGCGGUUAACAUUAAAGAAUGUUUUGCCUGGAAUAUAUAAUCGUACUUGCAAGGAUUGCCAUAACGUUUGAGCGCUCACCUCACGUACCAAAUAUAAGUGUAUCUGAAAGGGUUACCAUGGCGUUUGUGGCAGCUUGAAAUAUUUAUAUAUUGUAUCAUUUUCUUAACAAUUACCGCCUUUAACAAUUUGAUGAAACAUGUUGUACCAUUUGCACUCAUUGUUUGCCAUUAUCAAGAUAUAAAAACAAAAUCCCAUAUUGAUGUAUACACAAUUAUUGUCGUCCUUUUGUUACAAGCAAAAUUAGGGUUAGGGGUUUAGAUUUAAUUCUAAAAUAUCAAAAGUGUCUGAAUUAGGAUUAUCCUUGCUUUACAAUUGAAAUUUUGUGUUUGUUCUAUCAAUAGCUUUUGGUCGUCAUCUUUACAAUGGCAUAACAGUUUUUGGAAGAAAUGUUUUGGUACUCAUCCAUCUGUCACUUGUAAUUGUAUACAAGAAAAGCAGUUUUAAAUCAGAUGUACAUUUUAAAAAAAAAUGCAACAGUGUAGGCUCCGUUUUGUCAUACAAAAAUUGAUAUUUAUUGCAUUCCUCAAUGAACACACAGCCCGCCAAUGUAAGUUUUGAAAAUUGCAUCUAUAACUUUGUCAUGCCUGUUGUGGCAGUCAGAAACUUCGGUAAAUAAUGUUUAAGUUGUCCAUUCUAGAAAUAAUUUUUUUCUCCUGAACUCCCCUGCUCUUUCUUAUUUUCAGCCACAUAAAUUCUAGUUUGUUCCCACCACUCUCAUCAAGCAAGAUUUCUCUAUCAUAUUUUCAUCUAAUUUAUCUCAUCCAUGUCAUGCUGAUUCUUUUUUUUUUUCAUUUGUGUAUUCAAUAAAAUAUUUUGAACUGUUUCUUGAUUUUUUAAGUAUUUUCAAGUUAAUCAUAAAUAAAUACUAUUAAAGAUAGGGAGAAAACAACCACCGAGUUUAUUGAAAAGGACAGCCAUUGCUGUAAUUAAUU